ACUCCUAAUAAUUAAUCCAUCUCCUAUAAAACCAACGUCCCAUACAAUAUCUCAAACCACAAAUCACAAAAGCGCAAACCAUGGCCAAUUUUUGUUUCCUAAUCACUCUAACACUUGUAUUUUCAACCAUGUCGAUGUUGGUUCACACUAGGCCCUUAACCAACACGUCCACCAUCGACGUACCAUCUCUAAUGUCACGACUCAAACUUGAUGGUCAAGAUGGUGGCUCACCGGGGUGUUGGGACACAUUGUUUGAACUCCAAGCGUGUACCGGGGAAAUCAUACUUUUCUUUAUAAAUGGAGAGACUUAUCUAGGGAGGGAUUGUUGUAGAGCGAUCCAGAAAAUUGAAAAGUUUUGUUGGCCUUCUUUGAUGGGAUCACUUGGUUUCACUUCAGAGGAAGGGGAUAUAUUACGGGGUUAUUGUGAUGUUUCCGAUGAUAGUGAUGUUCCGAUAGCCACACCUCCUCCACGAACAACAACGCCUCCUCCACGCACCGCAACGCAACCACCAGCAUCAACCAAUGUCACUGGCCAAUAAUAAUACUACAUACGUCCAAAUUUUGUGUUGAUUUAUGAGAUCCAAAGCAAGAAUAAUGUAUUAAAAUGAAA